GCGCGAAAAAGGGCCGGAGAGACGGUUAGAGGAAGAGAGAGAGCGCGCGCGCGCGCGUGACGACUGACUGAGGGGACAUUUGCGUGAGGGAAGAGAGCGAAACGGGGUUUGGCGUUUCUCUUGAGGUGUAGAAGACAUUAUGGAUUCCUCCAUUCCAAGCAUUGCGGAGGUUCGUGGCAUAUUGCUGGCUAUGCAGAAGAACUUGGAAUGCCCAAUAUGCCUGGAGGUAAUGAAGGAGCCAGUCUCAACAAACUGUGCCCACAUCUUCUGCAGUUUCUGCAUGUUUAAGCUCCUUAAACAGAAGAAGGGUGCGGUACGGUGUCCACUUUGCAAUGCCAAAGUCACCAAAAGAAGUCUAUGGGAAGAUGUCCGAUUUAAGCAAGUAAUCAAAGUGGUGCUGGAAGCCAUCUGUGCUUUUGAACAUGAUACAGGGCUUAAGUUUUCAGAUGAUCUGUGUUUCCCUAAGAAAGCUUUAGAAGAUGCUUCUGCUUCUGUUUCAUGGAAAGAAAAACAAGUCAUUGAUUGCAAAGGCUACAGGGACAGACUGAAGAGAGUGAAGGAAGUGAAAAAGAGAAAUGCUAGCUUGGAAGGUGAGACCUCCAAUUUGCCAUUAGAUGGUGGAACAAGGCGCUCCCUGAGAAAGAAAAGCAAUUCCAGUAAAGCCGCUGUGUUUGAAAUUGGAUCAGACUCUUCUGAAGAUGCAUUUAAGAAGACAGAUACAAUCAGAUGUGUGAGUUUAAGACGUAAUCAUCCAGCUCAAGUUGAUGAAGGGUGUGCCAAGAAUGAAAGCCCAAGCCCUUUUCACAUGGAGUUUUCUGAGCUGAGUGCUGAAGAUGAGACACCAUUAAAUAUCCUAGGUGUAUGUGAUUAUUUGGAAGAACUUGGAAACACAGAAGGAACUCUAGCCAGCAUUGGAAAGUUAGAAAUUCCUGAGAAGAAUGUUGCUGUGGAAAAGAGUCAGGGUUUGUCUUCUCCAGAUCCCUGCUUGCGUAAACAUGACAGGAACUCCAAUUCCAUGCCAGAGGGUGGUUCUUGCUCUUUACUAAAUAUGGCACAAUUGGUUGGUGAAGCCACAAAUCCCACUGUAGAUAAACAGGCUGGUCAUGAUGCAGGAAAUGUUAGUACGGGGCUGCCUUCUGGACAUAAACACGUCCUGUGUGAAAAUGAGGAACAGCUACUGCAGUCACAAACUUCCCCUGAACGUCCUCUGAGUCAAGUCUCUGGGAAGAAACUGAUGCGGAGCAUCCAGAAAGUCAAAGCAUGGCUGUCUAAAAGCAAGGAGGGUCUUUCUCCAAGAUCCCUGCAACAUACUCACACACAGGAGGUGGAUCAAGAUCCAGACUUGUCAGAUGGAGACUCUCUGGUCUCCCAGAAGACUGAACAGAUUGGAUACCAGAAAGUCUUCACAGUGGAAUGUGAAGGUGACAGGCCUUUGCCCAAACCAGUUGCCUCUAAAGCUGAGGAUAAACUAUUUGGGAGAACGUACAAGAGGAAACGCAAAUCAACCCCUCUUUGGAAUAAGAGGGACACAGUUUGUAUCCAAGCAAAGGAGGGCAUUGCUAAGAAUACAGAAUCCUGUGAUACACCUGUAAAAAGAUUAUCGCGAAAGAGGAAGGCUACAUCAGAAUUGCUACCAGAUGACUUCAUUAGGAGGCAAGAUGUGGAAGUAAAUAGUAGGAGGCCUGGUGGAGAUGAAGAUACUGCUUUGGAAGAAGGUGGCCAAGCUCCUGCUCUUGUAGAUGAUAGCCCUGUGGCAGAUCAAAAGGAAGUUGAGCUGCCGACUGAAUUUCCUGUCAAGGAAGGGCUGUCUGCUUUGGAAACUGAUUUAAAUGAACCAUCUCAGAGUAUAUGCCUGAAAUCGCCAGAAUCAAACUGUAACCCUCUAAAGAAGAAAAGUAACACUAUGAGCAAGAUACGUAGACAAUUAAUCAAGCCUGUUGGCGAAUUGCAGUUAAUGAUGGACAGAAGCUCCAGGUCCCCUGAGAAGGCAAAGAUACAGACUGAUGAUAAGUUAAGGGAAGUUGGCACAAGCCAGGUGCAAGUCAGACGGAGCAGAAGGCUUCAGUUGUCGACAGAAGACGCCUGGAGGAGAAGUGAGCCAGUUAAGCGAGGAAGGAAACAGUUGGAUAAGAGAGAAACAAAGAAGCGUAGGUGGUCUUAUGAAGAAAACAUGCCAACGCCUUCCAUAGCAGAAAAUUACCCCAGUGUGUUGCAGGGCAGGCUCCAAAAGGGCCUGUCUUUGUCAGAUACCAGCCUGAUGGACGUGGAAGGGGAUGCAAGUAGAGCUUGUGCUAACCCUCCAGCUUCUCCUCAGGUAGGUGUUGAACAAACCACAGAGGGCAGCAGUCCUUGUUGCAUUGUUCCCAGUGCAAGUUCCCAGGACAGCUGCUCACUUCUGCAUUUUGCUUCUCCGGAGGUGGAGCAAAUCACUUCUGAGGACAAACAGCUCACAGUAGCACACCAGACUGAGAAGAAUGUGUUAUGUACCCAGAAACUAGAGGGCGAUGAGUUUGGCACAGGGGAUAUGAUGAGAAGCUGUAAACCCCCUGAAACAAAUGAUGAAGCUGCAGGAACUUUGGAGCUGAACUCAGAAACUGAGGACAGUGAACUGGAUACAAACUUCAUGCAGAAGAUAUUCAAUGGCUGCAAACGCCAGUCAUUCUUGUUGCAUCCAGUAAAGGAAUCUGCUGCAGAAAUUCAAAAAGAGACACGCAUUGGCUUGGGGGAAGAUGGCAAUGUUGACUGUUCAAAGAAAUCGACUUGCAUCAAUACAUUUUUUGAGGAGAAGAGAGAUGCUGUUGCCUGUGAGGUGAACAGCUUUGUCCAAAGACUGGCAUGUUGUGCUACUGGUUUCCCUGAUCACGAGAGGAGAACUGAGCAUCCCCAGCUUGCCUCACAAACUGCAUUCCCAGAUCAUCCAUCCACACCAGAUCAAUUAGCCACCAAGAAUCCUGACAGUCCCCAGCAAAGUCAAAAGCCAGUAACUAAAAAGAGUAUGUCCCCUCAAAUUAGGGGAGAAGUUGCAAACUCAAAUAACAGCGGCAGCAGUGGAAGCCCAAACGUCUGGAGAAAUGUCAUCAUCCACAGCACCAGUUUAAGUGGCAUUAAUGAGACACGUUCUAGUAUAAACAACUCUGAAGAUGCAGAAUCUGAAAGCACUAAAAACAAAGGGCUGGCAUUAAACUCUCAGCCAGAAUUCAUGCAGCCAUGUUCUGUAAUUUGUCAGCUACCACAUUCUGAAUUCAGUGGCGUCCAUGGUGAAAAGAAUAGCCCCAUGGAACAAAAGCAACUGCAUGGUGACACAGAAGAAGCAACCAAUAAUUGCAAUACAGGCACUCCUAAGUGCUUGGUUCACAGUAAUAAUUUGGAACAGUGCGCCGAGGAGGAGUACCAUGGCUUUGAGGUGUCCUCGGAGACACCAGAGGGCUUGCUAGGCCCUGUCAUCAGAAGCAUAGAGGGCUCACCUAACCUUGGGGAAACAGAGAGGAGUGAUAGCUUGGCCAUGUCUCCUGGCAGAGACGAGCAAACCCCACUUAAGGGAGACCUGGGUAGUGGCAACAGAAGAAGUUCCAGGCUGAGCCAUAAAGGCCUCGUUCGCACACAGCAGAGAUGGGCACGGAAGCUGCCAUCCUCAGAGGAAGAUUCUAGCGAAGAUGAAGAGUUGCCAUCUUUUCAGGCACUGAUAUUUGGUAAAUCGGCAAGCACACCGCUAGACCCACUGAAAAAGAAGAAGACAUCGGGAGGGAUGCCAGCACUGAAGAGCAGCAACAAAUGUAAUGUAGAAACCAAGGAUGAGCAUGUCUGUCCAAGUCAGGAUUCGGAGUGCUCUAUGAAGCUGUUUUCUUCCCAGUCACACACAGCUGAGGAUUUCCGCAGCAGGCCUCAUGUCUCAAGACACUUAACUCCAGCUCCCACUUCCAGAGAAAAUCUGGAAAGUCUCAGAGAGAAUAAAAAAGGCACUCAGCCCAGGGAUGAAGUCUCAAAAGAUGCUGGACAACAGAAAGAUGAACAGCAAGAACAAGUGGCUUCAGAAUUCAAUUUAGGUGAAGAGACCUUGGACUAUGACAGUGAAGCUAGCUGCUUGGGGGAUUCAUCAGGCCUAUCUUCCCAGAGUGAGAUUCUCACCACACAGCAAAAAAAUGCCAUGCAAAACAGCUUAAAGAAACUCCAGCGGAAGAUGGCUAUUCUUGAAGCAGUUCUCAAACAGGGAAGCCAAAGUGCUGUCCAUGAAGGAUCACUGCAUCUUGGUGAGGAAGGUGAUUUCACUGGAGGACAGACAAAAUCAGCAAGGGGAAGUAAAGCAGAUUUGAGUUCUGAAAGUAAACAAAGCCUCCAAGGUGCCUUUUCUACCCCUGUGAGAAACAUGCAAGGGACUCCAGGGUCCUCAACGUCUAAAGAGCAGAUUUCCAGCCUUUUGGCCGCAGAGACAGCAAUGGGGCCUCCUGCUGCCACACAUGAUGCUGGAAGACAAAGUGCAUUGAGGCAUAGUGCACAAGGAAGUCCAGUCUGCCCCUUGUCACAAAUCACACAUUGUAGCACAAGCAAAGGGAAUUCAGAGAGGCCAUUUCUGACAAGCAAGAAGAAUAUGUCUCUGGUGGCCUCGGGUCUGAACCAGGGCGAGUUGCGACUAGUACAGAUGUUUGCCAGGAAAAAUGAGAGCACUUGGUCUAAUAAGAUUUCUUAUGAAACAACUCAUGUAGUAAUGAAAACAGAUGAGGAUCUGGUUUGCGAGCGGACCCUGAAAUACUUCCUAGGUAUUGCUGGACGUAAGUGGGUGGUGAGCUACCAUUGGGUUGUACAGUCACUGAAGGAAAGAAGAGUUCUUAAUGAGGAGGACUUUGAAGUUAGAGGAGACAUGAUCAAUGGGAGAAACCAUCAGGGACCCAAAAGAGCAAGGGAAUCUCCCGUUGGAAAGCUUUUCCAAGGCUUAGAAAUAUGCUGCUAUGGGCCAUUCACUGACAUGCUCCCAGAACAAUUGGAGUGGAUGGUAGAGCUGUCCGGUGCCUCUAUUGUGAAAGAACCUCGCUUAUUCUCACAUUCAACAAAGUCUACUGCUGUGGUGGUCGUUCAGCCCGAAGCUUGGAGCGAAGACACUGCCUGCCAAGGGAUCCCACCGCAAUGCAGUGCUACUGUAGUCUCACGAGAGUGGAUGCUGGACAGUAUUGCAUGCUAUCAACGCCAGGCAUUUGACGAAUACAUCGUGCAACAGGUGUGAAAGGAUGGUCUUUUGAACACAGAAUCUUCAGGAAAGGAUUUCUGUGGAACUUUUGUGAAAGGCUUCCUCACAGACAGUGUGGUUUCACUUGCGAGAUAAAUAUUUCAGUUGGCAUGAAAACACCCCGUUGCCCGCCAAAGGCAGAACUUAAAACUGUGAUACUUCUAUCUUUGCCGUCGUGAGCCAAGCAAUAAUGUGUUCUUCUGUGCUGUUGCAGAUGCAUUAUUUACUAUCCAAUUGCUGCCUUGUUUGGGAGACUUUUCUCUUCGUGUCUUGGAGAUGUAAUCAUUUGAAAGAGUUAUAUGGAUCUGAGAGCUUCAAUUAACUCAGGAGGAUGGCAGUAUUUUAUCUGCUUGUUUAAUGGGGAAGGGUGUUCACAUACAAAGAUGCACUUAUGCUGGAAUACUGGCAUAGCAACAUCUAAUAAGAAGCACUGUCAGACUAGAGAUGGCACACACAAAAAACCACUGGGCCCCUGCAUCAUAAGGAAGUAUGUCCCAAGUCAAAUAUUUGUUUUGCUCAAAGUAAAUAAAUCUAGCAUCUCUCUAGCAAGUUAAAUGCAAACAGGUUUUGAUCAUUAUAUUCCUGGAUCCACAGAAGACCCAGCCAUUAUUUUUGGGUUAGGAUAUUUGAUCAGCCUACUUCUUCCAUGUACCAUGGGACAAAGCACCUCUUUUAAAAAAAACUUUGCUGGCUUAGUUCCCACAAGUAUGGAAAAGUGCCUUUGAAACAACAGAAUAUUUACCACUUCUUACUGUCAAGCAAACUGAGAUCCAUAAAUAAAAUUUGCUUGUUUACAGUUAAAAGAGGGGUAGAAGCCAUCAUGUUAUUUUCUUUUUCAAUCCCCCCCCCCCCAGUUAACUUUGAAAGAGUUUUACAUUGCAUAAUGCAUUUGGAGCAAUCCUUCGAUGUUCUGCAAUUCUAAAAGCAAGUAAGUCAGGUGCAGGUUUUGCUCACUCAAACACUUCUGUGAGAGUCAGUUCUGACACAGAGCUGUAAUUUUCCCUUUUGGAAUUUGUAUUUCACCGAUACCUACAAAUAUGGCUUAGUAGAAGAACAAAAAAAUAUUCUAACACUGUAAAACAGCACAUUGUACAGAGUGCCAUAAACCUAUGACAAAACAGACCACAGCAAGAAAUAAAAAUGGUUCCAGUGGAAGAAAGUAGCAGGAUUUUUGUAUUUUUUAAUAUGAAAAGUCACCACUCCAUUCCUGCACAGAUUUUAUCUGGCAUGUAAGAUCUGUGUAGAGCAGGUCCCCUUCUUGAGAAGAUGGGAUUCUUAUAGGUAAAAGCACUGCCAUGAGAUCCAAACAUUUGCUUACCCACCCCGUGCAGCAGGAGAAGUCAUCUACAGAAAAGACACGUUCCCAAUUGCUCAGGUCAAAGCAGAAUGAGAGCCCUGCCUUCCCUCCUCCUUCCUAGAAGGGGACAGGACAGUGAUGAUGGAAGAAAGACUUGCUAGCUGGGUCCUCACCAAGGCCUUGCUAGCCUACUCUCGUUUCUUCCAAGGAUGAGAAUGGGCUCGCUCAGAAGCAUAUUUUACAGUGUGUUGUUUGUUUUAAUGUUUUAAAUAUUUCAUGGUAGCUUUUUAUUGGCAUUCUGUUUUUGCUAAGUUUGCCAGCUACCCUGAGGCUCUGGAUCCAGCGGUUUUAUGUUUUCAAAUAAUGUGAGCAAAGGAAGCUUGCAUUCUGCCAGCAUGGAAGCAUGCUUGGGAUUGCUGCGCCCUCCACAUCCAAGCCUGAAAAAACAACACAACGUUUAAGCCUCCUAUAGCAAAAGAGUCUUGGGGCAACCUUACAAAAACACAAUGAAUCUGCCUGCACUGUACAAUUUCAGUAUCAAUCACUUAGGCCCAAGAAUCUUUUUUUAAUAGAUCUCUAUGUGCCUAUACACAGGCUACAGAGUAGGGGUGUGGUAUUUAAUUGAUAAACAAGUUUGAUGGGUUGGCUAAAAUGGUGCACGUUUUAAUUAGGCAGAUGGUUUUUUAAAAUGUAUUUUUUUUUCAUAUAAAUUUUUAUUAAUUUUCCUGUACAAUUUUAUCCAAAUUUUAACAAAUUACUCUUUUUGGACUUCCUUCAGUUUCUCUGGUAAUCAUCCAUAAUUACUCUUCAAUAUGCAUUUCCUUCAUUGUAUUGCCAUUUAACUUCCCUCCCUUUUCUAUUUCUUUUUAACAAUACAUCUUAAACUUUUACAGUGCUUCUUGAAACCCCACUAGCGUUGUUCGCACAUCACAUACAUUUUUCAGAUAAUCUACAAACUUUCCCCAAUCUUCGAUGAACUUUUGGUUUCAAACAUAUCUUAUUUUCCCAGUCAAUUUGUCCAGUUCCGCAUAGUCCGUCAAUUUCAUUCUCCAUUCUUGAAUCGUCGGUAUUUCCUCUUGUUUCCAUUUCUGGGCCAAUAAAGUUCUUGCUGCCGUAACUGCAUACUGAAAUAA